UACUUUUUGAUGAAAGCCAGUUUCAGUUUAUUCACCGGCCUUCUUUGGCGUAAUUAUUCUUAUUAAAUAUAUUCAGAUCACUCAAAAUUAUUUAUCAAAUUUUUGCAAUAUGUCAACAUCAAUACGUGCGCUAAUAACGGAGGGCAUCCGAGUAGGUGCCAUAAUGGGCGCUGGAGAUGCCCUUUGCCAAACUUGGGUGGAAAAUCGCGAGCUGCGUAAUUUGGAUGUUAAUCGAAUGCUUAGAUUUGCUUCGGUUGGCGUGGUCUAUGUCGGUCCAGCUUUAAAAAUCUGGUAUGGAGCAUUAGACAAAAUCGUAUCAAAGUCUAAUCCUCCAAUGAAGCGCGCAUUGAAGAAAAUGGCUAUAGAUCAAACAGCGUUUGCUCCUGCAUUUAUCGCCAGUUUAAUAGGCAUCUUCGGUUUAAUAAAUGGCGAAACAACAACAGUCAUAAAAGAACGUUUCCAAAAUGAUUAUUUAAGUAUCCUGUCACGUAAUUACAUGCUUUGGCCCGCGGCACAAGUAAUUAAUUUCUCUUUAGUUCCACUUAACUAUCAAGUUUUGUAUGCACAAUUUGUGUCUCUUAUUUGGAAUACCUAUCUAUCGAUGAAAUUAAAUGAUGAGCAGAAGUAACUAGAAUUGUAGAAAUCUCUCUACCUAAAUCUACUUAAAAUAUGUAUAAGUGUUUUGAAGUAAAACUUCUAAAAUAUAAAAAGAAUUUGAAACUUGUGAAUAGCUAUAGUGCUAAAAAUAUUUUUAAAUAAAAUAUAU